UCCCCUGUGUCAGACAGUGACGUCACCUCCCUGAUAGACGGACAGCUGAAAGCUCCUGGCUCAGCGGGGUUGUUGACGUUUUGUUUUGACCGCUUUUGUCUGGAUUUUUGGACAUUAUCCGCAGAUUCAGAAGCCCGCCUUUCGACCCUGCCGUCACGCGUCAGUGCGGGGAUCCAGCAAAGAUGAAAUGGAUGUUUAAAGAGGACCAUUCCCUCGAGCACCGAUGUGUGGAGUCAGCCAAAAUACGCAACAAAUAUCCUGACAGAGUACCGGUGAUAGUGGAGAAGGUUUCUGGCUCUCAGAUAGUGGACAUAGAUAAGAGGAAGUACCUGGUGCCCUCUGACAUCACAGUGGCCCAGUUCAUGUGGAUCAUCAGGAAACGCAUCCAGCUGCCUUCAGAGAAAGCCAUCUUCCUCUUCGUUGACAAAACGGUCCCCCAGUCCAGUCUGACGAUGGGCCAGCUGUAUGACAAGGAGAAGGACGAGGACGGCUUUCUGUACGUGGCCUACAGCGGAGAAAACACCUUUGGUUACAAGGCCUUUUAUACAGCACAGGGUUAAUGCAUAACUGAUUACUAGUUUCUCUCUCACACGCUUGCACACACACACACACAAAACCCCAAACACACCGACACAUUAGGGCUUAACAUAUACUGGUGCAUAGUGCUUCAGAAAUUGGCCUUUACAUGUGUUACACAGGUAACACACCUACACAUUUGGCACUCUCAUUUCUGAUCAGUUUUUGAUACUUAAAACUGCUAAUUUAUGAUGCGAGUAUGCUACAAUAAACAAACUUUUUUUCCCCAGAGGCUUGGAUGAUGUAAAAAAAAACCAAACAAACAAACAAAAAAACGCUUAACUUUGUCAUGAUCUCCAUCUCAAGGCCAGUUACUGAGAGAAUUAUCUUUAACACAGCUGUGAAUCUGAAUAACAGUCAUGUACAUUAAAGCCACUUCAGAUACCAUUCAUCAUCCUGGCACUGUUAAUAAAAAAAACACACACACACACAUGCACAAACCAAUCAUUAUGUGACACAGUCAUGCUCCAUUUUAUUUGUUGUCACAGAUAUUUAUGUUCAGUGGAAGUGAGAAAGAGACGCAGUAAUCCUGUGACUAGAAUACUUACCCGCAUUCUUUGUAUUGCUCAUCAUAUCAUGUAUGAAAUGUUCACCACAAGUCAAAAGAUACUCUGUAGAAGGCCCAGGAUAGGCUUGAAGGUUGAUGAUAAGCACGUGAAUGACGGCAGCUGAAUGUUAGCCGGCGCCACUCCUCGGAUGUUACCGAGUCCGCCCCAGCCCGACGGUAGUCUCUCUGCACAGGAUGUUGUGCUGGAUAAACACGAAUUCAUUGAACUGCUUCAAAAAAUCCAACACUUUACUUGAAGUUUUAAAAUACCGUCAGGAAAAAAAUUAACAUAUAAACAAAAUACAAUUAAUGACAAAACAACCUUAUAAUUAAUAAAACCUUAAUGAAUAUUUCCUGAAUUUAGAGACACAAACAACCGAAGCCUCGUUAUUUAUUAUUAUUAAUUCACUGAACUUUUAAAAAUGUAACAUUUCUGUUCAAACCCAUUAAGUUCUGAAAUGUUCAGUCGGAGUUAUUCUAUGAAUAUUACACUGACAGCACUAAUAAAAUAUUCCAACAGUC